GCUGCGCGCCGGACCUAGCUCCGAACGUUGACAUCUCUCCGGGCUCCACGUGACCCUGAUUCUCUGAAUCGCUCCCAGGAGCCGCGGCUACCGGCAGCCAUGGGCCUGGCCGCGCGCCUGGUGCUGCUGCCCGGCUUGCUGCUGGGCCUGAGCGCGGGGCAGGGCCUGGGGUCCGGCCGCCGCCCCCCGCCGCAGAGCGGCCCGGAGGGGUGGGCGCUCGGGGGCAGGCGACGGCUGUUGUCUCUGGAGCUGCUGGAGGAAGCCGAGGACCUGUCGCUGGCCUUGCUGGGGACGGGGCUCCCCGGGGAGCUGCCGCCCGAGUGCCGGGAGCUCCUGGUGGGCUUCGCCAACAGCAGCGUGAGGCUCACCGGCUGCCUGGUGCGGAGCGCCCGGCCCGUGGGCCUCUGCCAGAGCUGCUACCGCCACUUCCAGAGCGUCACGGAGCAGCUGGAGAACAUCACCCGGGCCGUGGGGAAUUCUUCUGAGAGCAACUGUGCAAAAAGCCUCUUGAUGUCCGAUAGGGUACAGCUAGUUGUGAUCCUUUCACAGUUCUUUAACAGUACUUGGGAGAAGGCCAACUGUGCAAAUUGUUUGAAGAACAACAGUGAAGGGCUGUCAAAUAGUACAAUAGAGUUCCUGCACUUAUUCAAUACAACACUGACGUGCUUCGAACAUAACUUCCAGGGGCAAGCAAUCAAUCUUGUACCAAGCAACCACACAGAAGUAUGCAGAAACUGCAAUCGAACUUACAGAAAUCUGAAUGCCUUGUAUAACAAAAUGCAAAAAAUGACUGGACAGGGCAGUGACUCAGAACACAGAACGCACUUGUGUAUUGAUGUGGAAGAUGCAAUGAACAUUACACGAAGGCUUUGGAGUAGAACUUUCAACUGUUCUGUCCCAUGCAGUGAUACGGUCCCAGUGAUUGCAGUUUCUUCAUUCAUUCUCUUUUUACCAGUCAUUUUUUACCUUAGUAGCUUCCUUCACUCAAAGCAGAAGAAACGUAUACUUAUUCUGCCCAAGCGUAUCCAAUCAAAUGCCAGUCUUGUGAACAUCCAAGAAAAAUACAGCUGAGCUGCAAAACAAAACCAGAAAACUGCAACUGGGUAUAUAUUGGGUACAAUUGUGGUGGAAGGAGGACAGCACAAAAGAGGAGUUAAUUAUGGUUUAGUGUUGCUCUGUAUCAUUACACAAGUUAAACAAAAUGCUGUCUGACUCCUAAACGGGUAUAUUAACAAACAUGACAAGGCAGGGCUAUGAGACACAGUAUGGACUUCUGAUUUGAAAAAUAAUUUAGUUCUUUCCAGACUAGUGCUGAAGCUGGUUAUUUUCUGAUUCUUUGACUGCAGGUUUUUGUACCUUUCAUCAACAGAAUAUGUACUUCUCCUGUAUGUUUUUUUCCUUUAUAUUUAAUUUUCUAUAUUGACUCCAUAAAAAUCUAGUAUGACAGUUGUGUUCAUUUCCAGGCAUAUUAGUACAGUCUGAGAUCUGAUAAUCUUUCUGAUGUGGUUCUUAUGAACUAGCAAAGCUUAAUAUCAUUUGUUUUGGUUUAAUUCAGUAACAGAACAUUUCAAAGUAAAAAUGCCAUUUUACCACAUUUGGUUAGACUUGUACUACAGGUUUCAAAAACUAGCCCCCUUAUAUAGCAUCUCUUGAUAGACACAGCCAUGCUGCUUAGUUCAUUUUAGUGGUGUCUUUAUUUAAAAAACAAAGUGAGAUGCAAGGAAAGUGGUACAUUUCUGGCAACGAAUACAGCAGAUCUGCCAGUGCUAUACAUUAAUAGUAAUCAUUGACAACUACAGUAUUUGGCCAUUUCAGAAAAUGUUCCAUAUU